GUUGACUUCCACACGCGCCCACACGCACUGCACACGUCAAUCGAUAACUAAUUUGACACAUACGUGGAAGGGCCUUCGGCUGGUUGCCAAAUGAGAUACCCACGCGCGCAGGCAGGGAGUCGGGAACGCACUCACGAAGACUGAGUGAGGCAUCUACUCUUAGCAGUACUUGCCAGUGCUCCUAUACAACCUCACUCACUCACACCACAUCAACAUCACGCGCACAUCCAUCCAUCCAUCUGUAUCAUUUCUCGGUGCCUUUGUCGGCCGGCAGGUCAGUGGCGUUGAGCACUGACACCAGGGCAGCGAUCAGGUGAGCAUUGUAGUCUAUCGCAGGCUGCAGCCACACAUACAGCGACAGAAAGACAGAGUGAGUGAGCACCCAUGGCUGCUAUAGGGUCGGUCAUCUUGCCUCGUUCAUAUUCCAUUGGUCCCGCUUGUCCAAAUAGCCAUCGUAUGUGGGCCCACCCACCAGUGCACCUGUCAGCGUCUGCAUUCACACACAGGGAUAUCGCACUCACGGGCAUUCCCAUACCCCCUCCCCCUCCCUCCCCAGCCCCACACACGCCACGCCCACAAAUACCCACCUGCAGGUUGGGCCCUGGGUGUGUCGAGCCAGGCACGAACUCAUUGCACGGCAGCCCUGUGCGAAACGACGGGCAGUAGCUGGUCUUGUGGGCCACUCUCAGAGGGGGGUUAGGCCCAUACCCCACCACAUACGAGCGCCUCUCGCCCUCAGGCAUGUCUUGAGCGUUGCCGAUGAGUAGGUCCACCUGCCGCUUGGCCCAGCGGUACAGCCGCCGGUCGCCUGUGUGCAUGGCCAUGUGGCUUGCCACGGCCACUGCUGACGAGAUGUGCCGGUUGUUGCCCCAGGACCAUAUCAUGGCCAGGCCGCUGGGGAGGUACCCAUAGUAGCCGCCGGGGAGGAGGUUGGCUGUGUACACGGAGAGCUUCUUCUCGUACAGAGGGUCAUCUGAGAGAGAUGAAGAGGUAGGUGCAGAGAAGCCGUCUUCGCGAUGCUCAGGUGCAUUGGUGUGUGUGUACCUGUGAGCUGAGUCAGCAGCACCAAGCUCCAUAUGUGUUUGUCAUUCCUGCAGAAUCAGGGUGUAUACUGAGGGCAUGGGCAUGUGCCUCUCUAUCACUCGUCUGACGCACCAGAAGGGCCCCCACUCAGGUGUCGGUGGUGUGAGUAUCGACAUAUCGCCGUCAGCGAAUGACGGCAGGUCUUUCUCCAUAGCAAUGGCUUUGUCGAGGUAAGUCUGAUUGCCGGUGGCCCGGUACAGCCACAGAGCGCCCCAGACGAUCUCAUCCAGGUAGCCGCUGCUGAUGUAGCCCAUGAACUCCCCUGGAGUGUGAUCACUGGACACACACACACGCACGCACACACACACACACACACAUGACGAUACUAAUUGUCGGCGAGUGGGUACCUGUACAGGCCCCUGUAUUUGUCGGCGAAUUCAAAGAGCUCCACAGCGUGUCUGAGGCAGAUGUCAGCCAACUCGUCGUCAGACGCCCUGAAGGCCAUCGAGCACGCCGCAAAAGCCGCUGCUGACUCACCUGCAGCAGCACAAGGAAGGGUAGCCCGGAGAAACUGUUUGUUGAGUGCGUUUGGUGCAUUGCAUUGCAUUUCCUCACCAGCCAAGUCGCUGCCUGGGUGUGUUUCGUUGAUGACCCAGGAAGGCCGAUAGUACCCAUCCGUGUGUAUGUCCUCAGGCCUGAUGCGAUGCACACAUACAAGCGACCGCGGUCCUCCCAUUUGACUCGUCUCUCUCUGUGACGUGUGUGCCCCUUCCUUGACCCGCCUCACCUGCCCCACCAGAACCACUCCUCGUCUGCAAUGCCCACGCCGGCGUACAUGACAUUCGGCUCGAUGUGGCACUUGGCCAGGUACUCCAGGCCCCACCGAGCGGUCUCCAGCAUGGUGUUCCACAGCUUCAGCCGCUGCAGCAGCGGCCUGAAGUCGACGGCCAUCCACGAGAGCAUCGUCAUGGCGUACGCCUGGUUGAAGUUCCACUUCGUGUGGUCGGCUGCAUCGGCAUAGCCGCCCACCAGGUCGCGGCCCUCUGGCUCGUGCGCUAAAGAGAGCACAAUUGACUGACAUGUGGCCGUUAACGUUCUGUCUGCCCGUCGGCCACUUACUGUUGUCUUUGAGGCCAUCGAGAAGGGCGGCGUCGCCCCGCCACUUGAUGGGAUGGUCCUUGCCCAGCCGCCCCAGCUGCUGGGCGCUGAAAAAGAGGAACGACCGGCGCAACACCUCCUCGUACUCACGGACGUCACGCUCUGCAGCAAUGAAAAAAUCCGUGUGCAGCCAGCCAUAGACGGAUUCGCAUCAAGCUCCGCUUCCCACCUGAGGCAACGAAUCGGUCGUCGUCGUCCGCGUCGAAGUCGAACGCCACUGAGCCCUUUCCCACAUCAUACGCCGGCCGGCUGUCUUCUCCUCCCUCAAGUAGAAAGUCCCCCAAUGGCUCCUCCUCUUCAAAAUGCUCCUUGUCUUGUUCACCGCCGACCAGAAUGCGGCCGGAGCUCUGCGGUCGGUCUUGUGCGUCCGGCCGGUGCAAGAAAGACGGUGCAAGUGGUGUCGCCACACUCCGUGACACCAGCAGAACCAAGGACAUCAGGAUAUGCAUAUGUGAAAUGCGCAUCGUCCCGCAUGGGAGGGGAGAAGGGGGUGCUCGUCG